UGCUCGACAGGAACCCCGAAGUUCCAGUCUCUAUCCUCACACCCAAAAACAACCCCUCAUCCGGGAGCCAGAUAGAAAUACACAAUGGGCCGGACAGUGCGACAAAAGAGAAAGGCGCGGUCCUCGCGACCAAAGAUCCAGCAGUCGAACAAGCCCAAGAAGCAGCUGAACCCGCUGGGGAACAGCAUCAUUGCUCGCAACUGGCAAACUUCCCCUUUCGUCUCAACCAGGAACAAGGACGAGACCCUGACGCAAAACUACCGCCGCCUCGGCCUCCUGAACCGGCUCAAGGCGCCCUCGGGCGGGGUCGACAAGACUACCGACAUCGCGAACCCGGGCAGCAGCAGCGGAGGUAGCAGCAAGCAGCCGCUGGCCAUCAGCUCCGUGGUGCCCGGCGCCGUGCGCGAGGUGCGCGUCGAGCGCGACGCGAGCGGCAAGAUUGUGCGCAUAGUGCGGCCCGGCGAGGGCGAGAACCCGCUCAACGACCCGCUCAACGACAUACUAUCCGACGAGGACGACUCGGGGCACGGCAAUGGCGGCGGCGGCGGCGGGGGUCAUGACGGCUGGGACGGGCUGUCGGACGAAGACGGCGACGACGAGAGGCGGCGGGCGAUCAAGAAGGACAGGCCUUACAAGGUCGCCGACGACCUGGAGCGGAUGGCGCGCGUGCCCGUGGCCAAGACGGUGCGCCACAUCAGCGAGCGCGAGGCCGAGUGGCUCGGCAGGCUGGCGGCCAAGCACGGCGACGACUUCAGGGCCAUGGCGAGGGACCACAGGCUCAAUCCCAUGCAGCAGACGCCGGCGCAGAUUGCCAAGAGGAUGAGGAGGUGGAAGGGGGAAUAG